GGUGUAACGUUUUGGCUCCCAGAGUCACACAGUUCUCAUCUUCCUCUCUCUCUAGGGUUUUGCUACCAUGCAAUCACUACCAUCACAAGCCAUGCGCCCUUUCACUCACACACAGUCUCUUCUUCCUUCUCUUUCGUCUCUCUCCUCCUCUCACUCUCGCUACUUCCGUUCCAUCCCCAUUCUCCACAAAUUCAAUUCCCACUCCAAAUUUCUCAAUAAUUCCCCCAAGGCACCUUUAUUGACUGUCCGAAACUGCUCUUCCAUCUCCGCUAAGCCAUCUUCGGAGCUCCGCAAGAAACGCACCAGUUCUGAGGCCGACGAGAAACUUCGAGCCCUCCGUCAGCUCUUCUCUAAGCCUGGGAUCGGCAUCGAUGCCUAUAUCGUCCCAUCUCAGGACGCUCACCAGAGUGAGUUUAUUGCUGAAUGUUAUAUGAGGAGGGCCUACCUAUCUGGUUUUACGGGUAGUGCUGGAACUGCUGUUGUAACAAAGGAUAAAGCAGCUUUAUGGACAGACGGACGCUAUUUUCUUCAGGCUGAGAAGCAAUUAAGUUCUAGUUGGAUUCUAAUGCGAGCUGGUAAUCUUGGAGUGCCUACCACUAGUGAAUGGCUUAAUGAUGUAUUGGCUCCCGGUGGGAGAAUUGGCAUUGACCCUUUCCUUUUUUCUUGGGAUGCUGCAGAGGAACUGAGGCAGGCCAUUGCUAAAAAGAAUCAUGAAUUGGUUUUCCUAUAUGAUAGAAACCUAGUGGAUGAAAUAUGGAAAGAAUCUAGACCGAAGCCUCCGAACAAACCAAUUCGUGUGCAUGACUUAAAAUAUGCUGGAUUAGACGUGGCAUCAAAAUUGUCAUCUUUGAGGUCGGAACUUGCUGAUGCUGGAUCAUCUGCAAUUGUUAUAUCCAUGCUUGAUGAAAUUGCCUGGUUGUUAAACUUGAGAGGAAGUGACGUCCCACAUUCUCCUGUUAUGUAUGCAUACUUGAUGGUGGAGAUCAAUAAGGCAAAAUUAUUUGUAGAUAAUUCUAAAGUCACCACAGAUGUGAUGAAGCACCUGACGAGUGCUGGGAUUGAGUUGAGGCCAUAUGAGUCCAUUCUCUCUGAAGUAGAAAGUUUGGCUGCACAUGGAGCUACACUUUGGUUGGAUAGAUCUUCUGUCAAUGCUGCUAUUAUUGACACCUACAAUUCAGCCUGUGAAAGAUGUUAUGAGCACCUGGAGAAGUUAGGUAAGACUCAGAUGAAUGAUGGCCUCAAUGGUUGGUCGGCUGCUCCUGCUGGAAUUUAUAAAGUGUCUCCUGUCUCUUUUGCAAAAGCAAUUAAAAAUGAUGCUGAGUUAGAAGGAAUGAGAAACUGUCAUUUAAGGGAUGCAGCUGCUCUAGCUCAAUUUUGGGCCUGGUUGGAAGAUGAAAUUCACAAGGAUGUGAAAUUAACAGAGGUGGAGGUUGCAGACAAGCUUCUUGAAUUUCGUUCAAAGCAGAGUGGCUUUAUGGAUACAAGCUUUGACACUAUAAGUGGUUCUGGUGCAAAUGGUGCAAUUAUACACUACAAACCUGAGCCAGAUAGCUGUAGCAUCGUGGAUGCAAAUAAACUCUUCCUACUAGAUAGUGGUGCUCAGUAUGUUGAUGGAACUACAGACAUAACAAGGACUGUGCAUUUCAGUGAACCUACAGCACGAGAAAAAGAGUGCUUCACAAGAGUUUUAAAGGGACAUAUAGCUGUUGAUCAGGCAGUAUUCCCUGAAAAUACUCCUGGUUUUGUUUUGGAUGCAUUUGCUCGUUCAUCUCUUUGGAAGACUGGACUUGAUUAUAGACAUGGAACUGGGCAUGGUGUAGGAGCUGCAUUAAAUGUUCAUGAGGGCCCUCAAAGUAUUAGUUUUCGAUAUGGAAAUAUGACUCCUUUGCAGAAAGGCAUGAUUGUUAGCAAUGAACCUGGCUAUUAUGAAGACCAUGCCUUUGGAAUUCGAAUUGAAAAUCUGCUCUCUGUUAAAGAGGUUGAUACACCAAAUCGUUUUGGAGGUAUUGAAUAUCUGGGGUUUGAAAAACUCACAUUUACUCCUAUUCAGGCUAAGUUGAUUGACUUGACUUUGCUUUCUGCGGAUGAGAUAGCUUGGCUUGAUGAUUACCACUCUCAAGUUUGGGAAAAGGUCUCGCCGUUGCUGGAGGGUUCCGCUCUUCAGUGGCUCUGGAACAACACUCGACCAAUCAUCAAGCAGUGAUUAUUCUGUAUCCACGUGUAUGUGCUGCUGUUGAAUCUUCGAUACUGUUAUUAUUUCCAUAUCAUUUAUACAUAUACACGAAAAUGCUACAUUUAACUAUGGGCAAUGAGGAGAAAAGGAAUCUUGUAGCUUGUACAGUACAGUAUGUUGUAAAAAUUUUAUGGUGUGAGAGAGUCGAUUAGUCCAUUCUUUUA